AAUGAACUAGUUUCUAUUUUUUGUAUAUAGUUUGAUAUGACCUUAGAAAUAGGCUUCAACUAGGUAGCUCUCUCCUUUCACCAUAUAUAUUCCUUUGCUUGCUUAUUAUAUAUCUUGGGACUAGUAAUAGUAUAGAGACCAGUACUUAUUAUUAAUAAAACCAUAUUUAUUAUCUUUGUCUUUAGCUAAAUAUGGCUCUGGCCAAGGAAAGAUCAAUAGUACUUCCCCAUGACCCUUGUAUGAUCAUGAGUUCAAUUCUCUCUCCACAAACAACCUACAACAAUGUUGAGCACCAAGAUCUCCACAAACCGCUAGCAGCAGCAGUAGCUUUCGAUGAAGAAAAAGAAAUGAUUAUGAGUACUACUAAUAGCACUAUCACUACUAGUGGUUGUGGCAAGAAUAAUUUAGCCACGAACCAUUCCUACAGAGCUGCAGCCAAUAAUAAUAAUAAUCAAUCUGAAGAUGCUCAGUCAGUCAUAAACUUCACUGGUUUUGUCACUAAUAAUAGUUGUGAUGAUCAUUCUUUGCUUAGCUUUGGCCAGAGGGCUUCAAAUAAUCACACUGCUAAGGAGGAGUACUACAGUAGUAGCAGUGCUACUAAUAAUCCGGAUCAGAGUAAUUAUACGUGGAAUAAUCAUAAUCCCAGGUUUAGCUCUGAUUAUAAUUGUUUCCAAACAGCAUCUGAUAAAGGAAAUCAACAUGGAGGAUCAGCUGAUGGAUCAUAUGGGUGGUUAUACUCUGAAGCAACUGUCAUUGCUGAUAGCUUUGAGGAAUCUGGAACACAAGAUCAAUCUCCUGGCUUCCAUAAGCGUCCCCAUAUGGGAGAGAAUAAUAAUACUCAAGCUCUUAAGAAGCAAUGUACUAGUUCUUCAAAUAACAACAAUAAGAAGCCUAAAGUACAGAAACCUUGUCCCUCCAAGGAUCCUCAAAGUAUUGCAGCUAAGAAUCGCCGAGAGCGAAUCAGCGAGCGGCUUAAGAUGCUCCAAGAACUCGUGCCUAAUGGCUCUAAGGUUGAUUUGGUAACCAUGUUAGAAAAAGCCAUUAGUUAUGUUAAGUUUCUUCAGUUACAAGUCAAGGUGUUGGCAACUGAUGAAUUUUGGCCAGUUCAAGGUGGGAAAGCUCCUGAUAUAUCUCAAGUGAAAGAAGCCAUUGAUGCUAUUCUAUCUUCUCAGAAGGACAGAAGUUCAAGCUCAAAGUAGUCGCACUGUUUAAAAAAGUACUAAUUUUCUUUAUUUGUUUUUAAGAAAAACAUAAUCUUAUUAUUAAUUUAUUAACAAUGAGAAAGAAUCCUUGCAGACAAAGGAAAAAUCCUUUGUUGUGGAAUUUAGUGGUGGUUGAGUAAAAAAAUAAUCUUAUUUAGAGUUAACAUUUGUCUGUUAAUUAUGAAUAUUAGUUUUAAUUUCUUACUGAUCGAUCGCGUGAUUUUGUAAUUGAGCGUACGUGUAUUAAUUUCAUAUGUAGCUACAAUUAGAGGCCCAGCUAAAACUAUCUAUAUUAUUAUUAAUUAAAGACUUAACAAAAUGCAUUCAGCUAAUCCACCUGUUAAUCCAUAUACGAACUGAUUCGAGGUUGGUUAUGUUCAUGAUGCGACUGGAGCAUAGAUUGAUUUGGUUGGAUAAUGUAAUCCAACCGAUUAUGUGUGUGAUGAGUGUGGUAAUUAGUUGGCCCACCAAGACCCAAUUAAGGCGCUACCCAGUGCUGUAAAUAUCGGCCAAUGUUUUUGAUACAACACAUAUGAGUACAAGAGAGACAAGCACCGCCAUCUCACAUAAAAAAAUAUGUGCUUAGAGCACCUCUAAUGCUUCAUCAUUUUACGAAAUUGGUGUAGAAUCUUCACACCA